UGAACAAACGUUUUCCAAAUGAAGAAAAAAGAAAGAAAAAGAAGAAGCGACACCAUUUGGAAUUUGGAACCCAAACCCGAACCCUGCCUGCAAGCGGCAGCAGUCUCCAUUUGGAAGUUCGAUGGAGGCGUCUGUGGCGGCGGUGGAGCGCUUGGUUUCGUACAGUUUCAAGAACAAGAAGCUGUUGGAGGAUGCCCUCACCCACCCCUCUUACACCCACUCUCCCUCUUACCAGCGCCUCGAGUAUAUCGGCGAUUCAGCCAUUGGCCACGCCAUCAACGAUUACUUCUUUCUCGCUUAUCCCGACCUCCAUGAGGGCCAGAUCUCUUCCCUUAAAGCUGCCAACGUCAGCACCGAGAAGCUUGCCCGCGUCGCUCUCCGCCAUGGCCUCUACCACUUCCUCCGGCACAACGCCCCCGCUCUCGAUCAUCAGGUUCGAGAGUUCGUCGAUUCCGUCAGCCAAGAGGACGACUCGGUUCCCUAUGGCGGAUUGGUGCAGGCUCCUAAAGUUCUUGCUGACAUUGUCGAAUCUGUGGUUGGUGCUAUCUAUGUAGACAUUGAUCUUGAUCUUAAGAGACUAUGGGUGAUUAUUAGGGGUUUGUUAGAGCCAAUUUACACCCCUGAGGACUUGCUGGUGGAACCCCAGCCGGUUACUGUGCUGUAUGAAGUUUGCCAAAGGAAUGGGAUGCAUGUUGACAUGAAGAAUUGGAGAAACGGUUCCAAAACUGUUUCUAGUGUCUAUGUUGAUGGUAGUUUUGUUGCCUCUGGUUCCUCCAAGCAGAAGCAAAUUGCGAGGCUUGAUGCUGCAAGAGAAGCUCUGAAAAAAUUGUCAAAGUUUAUGGAUAUAAGUAAUAGAACUGCUAUAACUAUUGAUGGUAUUGAUGAAUCGUUUGAAAUUGAAGGGGCAAAGCAAAAGUUACAUGAUUUUUGUUCCAAGAAGAAGUGGCAAAAACCAACAUACAGUAUUGAGCAAGAUUUAGGGCCUUCACAUGAAAAGAGAUUUGUUUGCUCUGUUAAGAUUGCCACUUCUUCUGGUGUGCUGUGUAUGAUUGGAGAUGAGAAGUCAAGAGUAAGGGAUGCUGAGAAUUCUGCAGCCUCUUUGAUGAUUCGUGCUCUACAGGAAAGAAACUAUUUCUAGUGCCUAUUUAUCGUACAGUCAGUUAUGUUCUCUGCUAUAUCAAGUAACUGGAUUACAUACCAAAACUUCAUCUCCUCUUUUGUUUAUUUUGCUCAUAUGCCUGUUCUAAGAGGUACGUACGUAUCUUGUGAAUUGUUACACUAUCUGCCUUUCUGGCUAAAAUUUAUUGUAUCAAUUCCAUAUCUAUUGCAUAUAAAAUUCUAACUAGUUUUGGCAA